CAGUCACACAUUCGCACACUUUUAAAAAUUAAAAAGAAAAAUUUAAAAAAGAGGAAGAGAAUAAAGCAAGAGAGGGACCGGUAGUUUUGCUCCGACCUUCAUUUCUCUCCGUCCAGAGUCGUGAAAAAGCUCAAAAACGCCGCCGUGACACUCCACCGUAAACUCACCCUUACACAAUACCAACUCCGACGAUGGCGCAACAGGAGCACCAUCAGCCGCUCCUCCUCGACAACACCAACGACUCCUCUGACCACGACGAGCUAGAAGAGACAGCCUACGACUCAGACGACAAAGUCCACAUCGUCAUAAACGACGCCGAAGCCAGCGACGAUGACGGUUCCAAGACGCCGCCGUUUUCAUGGAAGAAGCUCUGGCUGUUCACCGGUCCGGGGUUCCUGAUGAGCAUAGCGUUUCUAGACCCGGGAAACUUGGAGGGGGAUCUUCAGGCGGGAGCGAUCGCAGGAAACUCGCUGCUAUGGUUGCUGAUGUGGGCGACGGCGAUGGGGCUACUGGUGCAGCUUUUGUCGGCGAGGCUGGGGGUGGCGACGGGGAGACACCUGGCGGAGCUGUGUAGGGAGGAGUAUCCGAGAUGGGCGGGAUAUGUGCUGUGGGUCAUGGCUGAGCUCGCGCUUAUUGGGGCGGAUAUUCAGGAGGUUAUUGGGAGUGCGAUUGCUAUUAAGAUUUUGAGUAAUGGGGCCUUGCCACUUUGGGCCGGUGUCGUCAUCACCGCGUUGGAUUGUUUUAUCUUUCUACUUUUGGAGAACUAUGGUGUGAGGAAACUGGAAGCAGUUUUUGCUGUUCUUAUUGCAACGAUGGCGCUCUCGUUUGCGUGGAUGUUUGGUGAAGCAAAGCCUAGUGGCACUGAACUUCUGCUUGGUAUUCUGAUUCCGAAACUUAGCUCCAGGACAAUCAAGCAGGCUGUUGGAGUUGUGGGGUGCAUUAUCAUGCCUCACAAUGUGUUCUUGCACUCGGCUCUUGUACAGUCUAGAGAUAUCGAUCACAGCAAGAAAGGUCGAGUUCAGGAAGCUCUGAAUUACUACAGCAUUGAGUCCACCAUUGCUCUUGUUAUCUCCUUUGUUAUCAAUCUCUUUGUCACCACUGUGUUUGCCAAGGGAUUUUAUAAUACCCCACUGGCGGAUAGUAUAGGCCUUGUGAAUGCAGGGCAGUAUCUGGAAGAGAAGUAUGGGGGUGGUGUGUUCCCUAUUCUCUAUAUUUGGGCUAUUGGAUUAUUAGCUGCUGGCCAGAGUAGUACUAUUACAGGUACCUACGCAGGGCAGUUCAUCAUGGGAGGUUUCUUAAAUUUGAGAUUGAAGAAAUGGAUGAGGGCAUUGAUCACACGAAGCUGCGCAAUCAUUCCAACUAUAAUUGUUGCUCUUGUGUUUGACACAUCUGAGGAUACAUUGGAUGUUUUGAAUGAGUGGCUUAAUGUGCUUCAGUCAAUUCAGAUUCCUUUUGCCUUGAUUCCCUUGCUUUUCUUGGUGUCCAGCGAGCGAAUCAUGGGAUCCUUCAAGAUUGGAAAUAUUCUCAAGAUGGUUGCAUGGCUUGUGGCUGCACUGGUGAUGGUGAUCAAUGGCUAUCUGUUGCUGGACUUCUUCUCCAAUGAAGUGAACGGGGUGUUGUUUGGCUCUGUUGUGUGUGCUUUUACUGCUGGAUAUGCGGCGUUUAUAGUCUACCUUGUUUUCCGGGGUAUCACCCUUCCAAGGUGGUGCAAAUCAAAGAGUGUCACAGACGCACUGAACUGAGUAAUCAUCAAAACAAAAAUCAGUGGCAAGAGAAUUGUGUUGUAUACUAUUGCCGAUCGAAUCUCCAAAGGCUGUCAGGAGUGCUUAUAAAGUAUAAACACAGCUUUUCCUGAUUAAGAAACAUAAGCUCAGUGUUUCUUCUAUAAUAUAGUUGUGUUGUAUUCAGAGAGUAGAUGAGGCUAGAUUAGAGAAGCUGGUCAUGCUGCUGAUGCUUGUUCUAGCACAAUACCUGUUAAAGUAGUCAAUAUGAUUGAUAUCGGUCUUGGACACAAUGUACUGGAUUUAUAUCAUCAAAGAAAUAUCCUUUUGGCUUAAACC